AUGAUGAGUAAUGCGGUGCUUUUAGAAAAAGUUUACGUCCAUGAUGUUUAUAACAAAAUAGCAUUAAAUUGUCACAAUAAACAUAAUCGAGCAUGGCCAAAUGUCAAAAAGUUUCUUCAAAAAUUCGAUUCUUAUUCGAUGAUAGCUGAUAUUGGGUGUGGAACUGGAAAAUACUUGUCCAUUAGCGAUCAUUUUUAUGUUGGUUGUGAUCAUAGUAAUACGUUAUGUUCAUUAUCAAAACAGCAUCAACCAUCCGUGCAAGUGCUGACUGCUGAUAAUCUAAAUAUUCCACUUCGUAAUGACAUAUUUGAUGCUGUCAUAUCAAUUGGUGUGAUACAUCACUUCACGACAAAUGAAAGAAGACUCAAAGCUGUUAAAGAGAUGGUGAGAUUGUUAAAACCAAAUGGUGGUCAACUAAUGAUCUAUGCUUGGGCUUUUAAUAGUCAAGAUAUACUUGUUCCAAGUAUCGAUGAUGGUCCAAGAAGAAAAGGAUUCGGUUCAAAUGGGUCAAGUGAAAGUGAUAAUAACGAAGAAAAUGAUAAUAAUGGGGAACAUUUAUCAUAUUUAUCGCGUGUAGAUGAACUUGUUCGUAGAAAUGACCAAGAUUUUUGUGAUAGGAAAGAUGUUUUAUUGCAAAAUAGAAGAAAAUUACGAAGUCAUACGUUAAAUGGAAGACGAACACCGCCUGAUGCAAAAUUCCGAUAUGCUACUUCCCCUUCUUAUCAUACAAAGCGUGUUUAUCUUAAUACUGACGAAAAUAAUAACAAAGUGGUAGAAAGAAACAAAUUAUCUGUCAUACAUGUACUACAAAAUUUUGUUUACAAGAUGGUAUCAAAAUCUCCUGUAGUGAAGUAUAAUAAUCCUAUUCCAAUUACUAGUGAUUUACUUAUAGAGCAAAAUCAGGAGCAUCCUCAAUUUCAAGUACGUCAUUUUCCUCUGAGCAGUUGUUCUAAUUCGUCAUCAAUCGAACAUCCAUCCACAGUGAUAAAUGACAAAAAUCCACGAAAUAAACGUUUUUAUCAUGUAUUUGUACGAGGUGAGCUAGAAAAAUUAAUUUAUAGUGUAAACAAUGAAUUGGACACAACUACAAAAUUAAUUCUUGUCAAGUCAUUUUAUGAUCAUGGAAACUGGUGUGUCGUAGUGCAAAAACAACAACUGUGA